UCUAAAUCUGACCAUUGUUUAAACAUCAAUGCGUUAGUUUUGAUUGGCUUAUGAAAGGCAUAAGCCGAGAUCCAAUCAACAGUUACUUUAAUAGCUGUUUAUGACUUGUUUGUGUGUAUCAGUGGUAAUAUGAAGGGUUUACGGUACUGUGAAUAGACCAGGACGCUAUGGCAGAGUGCUACGAUCCAAGCAAUACACAAUCAAAUCUCUCUUCUAAGGCCACGGCAUUUUCAAUUGCGUCUUUGAUGGCUUCGGAUGAAACUGGAGCAGAUGAAGCGAAGAGGAAGAAGCCUUGCGCUAACGAAGAUGUUCACGUGCAAGGCUCUGCAUCUUCAAAGAGGCUCAGAUCCUGCGGAGGAAUCAAUACAGAUAGCGUUUCAGAUGCGACAACUUCUCUGAAUUCAGGAGCCGUUGGAGAUGUAGAAACUAUUACUGCUACCUUAGAGAGUCGCGAUCUAUGGGAUCGUUUCAACGAAUUGGGUACAGAAAUGAUAAUAACAAAGUCCGGAAGGAGAAUGUUUCCAACCCUAAGAAUAUCGCUGAACGGUGUUAGCCUUGGGGCAAAUUACAUGGUCUUGAUGGAUAUAGUGCCUGUUGACGACAAACGUUACAGAUACGCCUAUCACCGUUCGACCUGGCUUGUGGCGGGAAAAGCUGAUCCACCAGCGCCUGUUAGACUCUACAUGCACCCAGAUUCGCCUUUUACUGGCGAGCAGUUGUUGAAACAGAUCAUAUCGUUUGAAAAAGUGAAAUUAACCAACAACACGACUGACCAGAAUGGACAUAUUGUUCUCAACUCCAUGCACAAAUAUCAACCUCGAGUGCACAUUGUUAGAAAACGAGACCACACUGCCUCAGUGGUCGAUCUUCAUUCAAAAGAGGCAAAAACCUUCGAUUUUCCUGAGACAAGCUUCAUUGCUGUAACAGCGUAUCAAAACCAGCUGAUUACACGUCUCAAAAUUGACAGCAACCCCUUUGCAAAAGGUUUUAGGGACUCCAUAAGGAUUUUGCCAAUGCAAAGAGAGUGCCCCCACAGAGCGGCAUACCGACAAGGUCAUAUAAACUCAUUAUCUGUCCCAGCUACUUAUCUACCGAGUCAUUUCUUACCUUCGGCUAUUCUACAAAGCCAUCAAAUGGAGCAAAAAGACGCGCAUUGCACUGGGUGUUUGGCCAGUCUCAACGAAGAUAUGAUGGGGAUGGCCAGUCAUCAAUGUUUUGCAAACCACAACCCAGUGGCAGAUGGUCAACUCGCAGUCACAGGGAUACCAGUUACACCUGGUCCUUACGUUAUGGAGUCACAACUUAGACAUGUUUCUCCUUGCGUCUCUCCAUACUUCAGUAACGCUCCACAGUAGGCACUGGUAAGCGCUAGUGUCAUAACUAAAGUCAUCGCCACCAUCACUAAAUAAAACACCCCAUGGAAGGACAAACUAACAGCGAAAAAUACCGUGUACCGAGCAUUCCUGAGAAAAUUGUUACAACAGUAUUUCUUACCCAAAAAGUAUCACUUGAAAAUGCAAGGUUGGAGUAAAACCACAAAAUGCCGUGUAUUAAAUGUUCCUUAUCAAGAAGGUAAAGAAUGUAACGAUAACAAUCUAACACAUACAGGUAAACGUUUAAUAAAAGAAAAACAAAAUUGCA